GCACAAGACAGUGAUCAGCACAGUGCCGGGGACACCCACUGGCAACCACCACCUUAUUUCCUUCUUCCUUGCAGCUCCUGUCUGACACUCUGACUCACUCUGAUGAGUCUUCACCCGUGAGAUGAUAUCAGGUAUCAAGAUGUCACAUUAAGUGCUGCAGCUACUGUGGCUACUACCGUCUUCUCACCAGGUUCACUGAAUUGACAAGGCUAACAAAUGCUGUACCUUACAAUAACAUGUUGGCAAUGUCCCUGCCAGCUAACAUCAGUCAUGGUAAAAAUUCAGCCACGAUGACGCUAGAGAGCCGAGCCCCUCCACUCCUUGCUAGACGAGACAGUCUGAGUGGUAGGACAAUGCGCAACGGAAAGAAUAUUGACGUUGGAGGCGUUAAGCCCCUCGUCACUAGAACAGAGAUACACUGUGGACGCCCUGGCAACUUGCGAACAAAUGCUGGGAAACCCACUUACAAGUCACAGGAAGAACAGUAUCAGGAGAUUCAAGAGCUGCGACGCAGCCUUGGCGAGCUGCGCGAAGAGAAUUCUAGUUUGAAGACCCGCAGCAGACGCCUUGAGGAAGAUUUGAUACGCCGUGAUCGUCAGAUAGACCAGCUAAUGGAUCCAGCUAAGAACGAUGAGGCUCGGAGAAAGCUAACUGACAAGGGAGCCUCUCUCGUGUCAAGCUUGAAAUUGAGAGUGUCACGCCUGGAGGCUACCUUGAAGGAAAAGGAAGCUGAGCUAGCAAAGCUUCAGGCCUCAACCAAGGCUACAGCUCUAAAUGAAAUGAAAAUUGAAGCAGAAACCUAUUAUCAAGAGGUUGUAAGAUUAAGAAAUCAGUUAAAUAUAGUUCAGCAGCAGCAGCAGUAUCAGAAACCAUCACAGCAGUCAUCUCCGCACCACCAAAGCCCUCAUCAACAUCAGCAGCCUCCACCACCACCACCUCAGCAAGAUACCCAGGUCUUGAGUACUACCCAUUGGUCCAACAUGCGAGGUGGACAUGACAGUAGGGAAGGGAUGCGGUGCCGCAGAGAUGGCGGCGAUGGUCAGGAGUCUCCGACCACCAAUUUGCGACAUGCCCUUGCCCAGCUCGAGGAGGAGAAUGCUCGACUGGGUCACCAGGUCUCAUCACUCGCUAUAGAAAAGGACAAGCUUGAAGCAGACCUAGAAAGAGUUCUAGGUGUCUCGGAUGAAGCUAAAAAUAACUAUGAGGGUGUGAGCCGAGCUGAAUUGAUUAGAGAGGUUGAACGAAGUCAUGAAGAAGUAAACCGCUGGGAGGCUCAACAUACACAGCUGACAGAAGCUUUAGCAAGAAGGAAUGACCAUGCUGGAGAUGCCUCAUCACUUUUCCAGGCUCAUUUGGCUGAGAUGCAAGGACGAGAGGUGGAAUGGGAUAGAGAACGUUCCAGUUUGCGGGAGUUAAUCAACACACUUAAGGAUGACCGCAUGUUCUACAUGGAGACAGCUCAAAAAAAAGACUCUGAGUUGGACAGUUUGCGGACAGAGAUUCAGACAUUGCAGCAGGAAAUCUUGGCUCUCCACGAGACUCAACGGAAGCAGAAGGAAAGAGUACCUGGUACACUGUCACAACGAUCCUAUCGAGGCUCUGGUAAACAAGUGCUAUCAAGUGGUUCCCGUUCAGGUUCAAGCAGCGAUGCCAACACCCCUACACGUCGUACUCGUCCAUCUAGCGCGCCUCCAGCUCCUGGCACUCGACCACAACGUUCUCCUAAAUCAUCUAGUGAGCCACGUGAGAUUCCCACACCUAGUAAAAUAAAAAAGUCCACUGUUCAACAGGUCCCAAAAAAGACACCACCACCUAAAUCACCAUCCAAGACUUCCUCUUCACCUUCUAAAAGUUCAGCUAGCAAUAUACCAAGUUCAGUACAUUCAACAAGACCAGGUAAUAGCAAUAGGAAACCAGCAACUUCAUCAUCAACUUCCACUCCCAAAGCUAGUCCAUAUGGAUCUCCAAGACACGGCUCCACGGGUCGAGUGUCAUCUUCAGUCUCGUCAAAAACUCCAACACCUACAGGCUCACCCCGCAAAAAUGCAAGUUCCAUGUCUCCUCUUCAUAAGCCUUUUGGAGCAUCUCCCCAGCACAGGUUAACUGGCUCUGUAUCUCCACAACCUAGACAUGCUGGUCUGAGCUCUCCUGCCAAAUCAUCCACAUCUCGGUCUUCCUCUAGGACUUCCACUCCGUCUUCAUCAAAAUCUUCCCCACUUAAAGUAAAUGCUACCAGCAAAUCCCCUUCUAAAGUUCCUCAACCUAAAAUUGGUUCCAGUCCCAGCAAGAGUGGAAAGAGACAAGAAAGUUCCAGCCCAUCCAGGUCUCCUCGCAAACAGGAUAUCAUUAAAGAGUCUUCAGCUGAGGAAGAUGAGAGAGUUCUGGCAGAGAUUCUGUUUCACCAAGAAACAGGCAAUAGCGGUGAGCCAUCCAGUGCUUCUUCCAUAGCCCGACAGAGAACUAUGACAAUUAGUGUUAAUGAGGAUGUGUCCCCUGCAAAUAAUAAGGCUGAUAGCGUGGAAGUUGAGCGUGCAAGUAGUAGCAAGUCACUGAUAAGGCAAGACACUGUUACUCUUAGUAAAACAGAUGAUGAGAACACCUCAGCACAGUGCAGCAAGAGGGAUCUCCGACAAGACACAAUUGUUAGUGGCGAGGAGGAAAUUUCAUGGCAAGAAAAGAAUGGUAGUGAUAGCAUGAAGAAAUCGGCAGACAUGUCAAACUCUGGUGCUUCUCAAGAUAGUGAGAUUAUAGAGAGCUUGGAGUUGUUACAGUCACUAUUGUCGUCACAUCUCAGCCGUCAGCGGGAGGUUAACGAGUUGUUGAACUGUGAACCAUUGUUAGUUGGCAAAGGACAGGGUGACACUGACUCUCAAGAAACACCGAGAGGUAGGGGAAGAAGCACACGUGAAGCACCUGACGGAGAAGAGUCAGCAAGGGCAAGCUGUAAACAUUCUCAAAGCCUGGUGCGUCAAGGGACCUUCAAUAUAUAUGAUCAAGAGCCGGCUGUGGCAACCAUUCAUGCUACUUUGGAUGCUCAUCUGACCAGGUAACACCCACCUCUGCCACACAUCUCUAAUCAUCAAAGCAGCAAGACAUCACUGGUGAGUAUUGUUAACUUGAUCGUAUUUUGCCCAAUAUGGAAUGCAUUUACUGUUCACAACCAACACAUAAAUUGAAGAUGAAAAUAAUAACACGAUCAUCCAAGAUGGACCAAACAGUCAAAAAUUUAAUCUCCAAUUGUAGCUUAGCUGUGAAUUGCUGCAACCAAAGUACUGACCAUUUACUGCAUCAUGAAAGAAGGGAUGGAAGGAAGGAAAGGGAUAGUGUAUCUAUCAUUUAGUCUCAUUAUAAACACAAAAGUGUAAGAGAGACUGGUCAGUGGUUAACAGGAACCCACUUGGAAACAGUAAAACAGCAAAUUUAAAAAUUAAUAAUGCAUAUUAUGGCUUUGCACUGUACUGUACUUUUAAUUGCUUCCUUCAAAACUGGUAUUUAAUUAGACUGAUUUUUCCCCAGAAUAUCUCCGAUUAAAACAGGUAAAAAUUUAUGGUUAAAAGGAGUUCACAUAUUAUUGUAUAAAUUAUGCUUAGUGUCACUUUGCAGUGCAUGUUACUAAAUGGGGAAUUACUGUACAGUUCAAUAGAAUAUUUUAAAUUACAUUAAUAUGACUGAGCUAUAAGCUAUAAGACAAAGGAGUAAUUCUGCAAAUCCCAAGUUAUGAGCAGUGUUUUGGUUAAGUUUGAGGCCAUUACAAUGAGAAUGAAGUUGCUGUUUGCAUUAAAUGUUAAAUGGUAAAUUCAUAAAAUCAGUGAAAUAAUAAUAAUACUCAAGUUAUGCCAUUGGCACUAUUUAGUAUGUUUAAAAUUCAUCAGGAGGUUACAAGGGUUAAAAGUAUGAGCAAAAUUCGUUGACAUUUAUUGAAAUUUUUUCACACUAUGAUGGCAGAUUUCUAUGUUAGUUGAAGUAGAAACUAUAAUCUGAGUUGGAAUUGCAUUAAUAGUUAAAAUAUAAUUACAGUAUAAAACUACUGUAGUUACAAUUGUAGUGAUAAAAGUUCAGGGAAGGAACUGAAUUAUUAGCAAUGGUUUGAGUGCUGCAUUAUAUACUCUCCCCAGGUUAGAUACAUAGGUUAGACAGUAUUCUUUAUAGCACUAUUUUUUUUUUUUUGUAUAUUUACUGAGUAUUGUACGAGCUUCAUCUGCUGCUAGUAUUCUGUUAAGUAUUUUGACCCCAUUAUUGUACAGUAUCUGAGUUGAUGUGUGGAUUAGUAGUUGUGUGUAGGUCAUGGCUGGAGAUAGACAUCAUGCAGUUAUAGGGUAUACAUGGUAAAUAUUUACACAUAGUAGUCUGGAUAAAAAAAAAAUUAAACUGUUAAAACUUAGUGACCUAAAUGAUAACUGGCUAAAUGAUAACUGGCAUUUUCACUGUAUCAGGUUAGUAAACUUUUACACACCAUUUUCAAGGCAGUUUACUAAAGUUUAUAUUGGAUGUGGCAGCUAAUUACUUUUCUUGAUGCCAAACACCUAGAGAAAUAAGUAAUAGUUAGAUAUGGGAAGAGGAGAGGAGAGAGUGUGUGUAUGUGUAACCCCUGGGUGGUGAAUAGUAUAAUACAUACAGGUACAACAUCGAUUUUCUGGACCUUUAUUUCCAAAGCCUUUCCAGAUUACUGAUUUUUCCACCUUUAGGGAGUGCAGUAUUCUUUGGUCUUGGGGCUGGAUAAGUGAUGUACAGUUUGGUGGUAAAUACACUGCCAUGGGAAUUUAGAGUCCCUGCUCGUAAAUUUGUGUGGCUCUGGACCAUCAGUGUCUGGAAAAUCAAUGUUCUACCUGUAGUUUAGUACUUUUUGUCAAUGUUUAAAAUUCAGUACAUUAUAGGAUUAUUGAUAUUUUUAUUAUAUAUACAGUACUUGUUACAUAUAUAACAGAAAAUAAAUGUACAUUGAUUUUAGUGGUAACAAAUCUAAUUACCUCUCUUAAAUUAUGUAAAAAAUAAGUAUUGCAAAUAUUUUUAUAUUGCAAAACAAGUGCUAAAAUUAAAAAAAAAAAAUGUGUUUGAUAUGUAUUAGAAAAUAAGAAAAAUGUUAUAAUCCGUAGUUUUAUAUUUAUAUUACAGUGUAUGUAUAACUCUUGCCAAGAGUAUUGCACAUGGUCAUGUAUCUUAAUUUUUUAAAUUUACUAGCUAUUUCCCAUUAAGGCAGAGUGAUCUAAAGAAGAAAAUUUAAUAAUUUCUUUCACUGUCUGCAGGAAAAACAACUUCUGGGUAUUAAUUAUGGGGAAAAGAGUAACCAGCCUCUGGGUAUUAAUUGCAGGAAAAGGAACAACCUACCUCAUUGCCCCUGCCCUUAAGUUGCCUUCUACAACACACAUGACUUGCAGUGAAAAUUCUAACUUGCUUCUCUACAAGAUUUUCUUGUUUGUCUUCUGUAAUGCUUGUACAUUGUAUUUACUGCAAUAUUUUAAGAAUCAUCAGAUGUGUUCAAAUAAAAAUUCACAAGAUCUGGGUGAAGAUGAGAAUUAUUGUACCUGCUGAUCUUCAUAUAGUUAAAUAUUUUAAAAUUUAUUGCUUAUUAAAAUUUAGUGCUUAUUAAAGGUGAAGAGAAAUAAUAGGAGACUUACAUAGAUGAGUUCAGUGAUUCGUAGUUAAGAAUUUUUAAUUUAGUAUUACUGCUGCUUUAAAGCUGAAAAUAUGUGGAGUGACAGUUGUAAUGAGGGGGGAAUGUAUUCCAUUUGGACUGAAAUAUUCAUAGAAUACUCUAAUAUAUAAAGGCUAAGGCUCAAGAUAUGUAAAUACUCGCAAAUUUCAUUUUCUGGAGUUACAUUAUAUUUGUUGAGAUUAUAGAUAUACUUAACUAUUAAAGGGUAUUUUGUCUUAUUUUUAUAUAUGGAUCAUUCUCCAUUACCAUUACAGUGCUGUAAUUACUUUUCAGGUUGCUUCUUCAUAUAAUUCUCAGUUCAUGUAUUUUAUCUUCGGUUCCCUCAGGUAGGUUGCUUGAUGCUGGUGAGGGGCUCCUGAUUUAAGGAAUUAAGCCUGUGCUCCAAUUCCUUCAAUAGUCUGAAUACUUUCCAUUUUUCCAGGCGCUGCAUAACCCUUAUGAGUUAGGGCUCCCUUGUGAAUGUAAUAAUAUCUUCAGUGAAUGUAAUAAUAUCUUCAGUUAUUUAAUGAGAAUAUUGGAUAAUAAGUGAUCACCAUAGUGAGAACUAUGGUAGAUAAAGGUAUUUACCCAUUUCAUUAUCUGUAGGUAGUUACAGGAGCAGAUUCGAAUUUGUGUUGCCCUCUAUUCGGAAUUCAGUUACUCGUGCAUGAUUUUCAAGUUUCCAGUCACUAAGGCACAUUAUUAUAUAUACAGAAGAAUUUUUUUAGCAACCUUUCUGCAUUGUUUUUGUUUAGUUUACAAUUAUGGCCCCAUGUUCUUCCUGUUAAUGGUGCCAAAGACUACAUGUUUUUUUGCAUCUUUUAUAUACUGUUACUUGUCUUGCCUAGAAAAGAGAAAUUUGAGCUAGUUCAGAGCAAAUACAAUUUAAUUGCAUCAUGUACUUGGGAAAUAUUCAAGGUUCCUCUGUACUGUGCGGUACUGUGGUUUGAAGGUAUCUGUAAAAGAUUUAUUAAGCAGAUUUGUAAACCACUUAAGAAAGAACUAGAGUUUAAAUGCAGACUGUCCAGAGAUAAUAGGGCAUCUGUAGAAAGAAUCCAGUAGACAGGUAAUAAUGUCAAAAGUUAAAUAGUUAAGGUUGUAUUGUCACACUGUACAAUAUUGUAUGUACUGUACUUGAAUUCUUAAAUUAUGCUUCCAUGAAAAAAUAGUAAAAACUGUACUGAUAGCAUGUGUUUAUCUGAUCAUUCAUUCAUCACGUUUUCAUAUCCUCCAAAACAUUUGAAUCACUAAAGAUGAAUGAGCAUUGCUGCCCAGCAUGUGCAUCAUCACUAGAUGCAUUAUGAACAAUAUCCACAUACUUGUAUGAUACAUGUAUAGAAGCUCAAGGUUGCCAAUAAAAGUGAUCAGUCUGUUGGGACUUGUAAGUACUGCUUAUUAUUUUUUUUCCGUUUAAGAUACAGUACAGUAUUGUUUAAUUUUGUAAAAAUUGCAUGUUAAUUUAAGUUUAGAAAUUCAGAAAAUAAACCCCCAGUCUGAAACUGUAAUAUUUUUGAAGGAAUUGAAAUGCAUAAUUACUCUUUUUAUCACUUAACUGGAGUGAGUGAGUGUUGUGCGAGGCAUUGAGCAUGCAUGUGCAUGCACACA